AUGCCCACGCCACUAGACAAUGCCAUGAAAUCCAGGUCCGGCGCUCAUUGUGUCGCAGCAUUCGGCGGGCUGGUGACGGCCGUAGCUGUCUGGGCCAUAUACGGCGGAGACAUGUUCCCUGCUGGCCCGGACCCGACAGGCGCCCCAGAAGAUUGGACCAGAGAGGAGAUGAGGAGAUGGUUGGCCGCGAGAAACCUGUUCCCUCACGACAAUGACACACGAGAGGAGCUUCUGGCACGAGUUUUGGCCAAUAUGAGAGCUCCGAGGCGGUAG